ACUUUUAACGAGAAUUCGUUUGACGAAAGAUAGCGAACCAUUCGUCCUUGGCCCAGUCGGGACUGACUGACAAUUUAAAAGUAAAAUGCUUCCAAUACAACCUCUACUCGAGUUGACUCAAGCGUUAGAACACCAUCUAAACUCGUUCCUUAUCGUAAUUAAACCCAUAUCCACCAAAAAAAAGCAACAAUAAUCCAAGUUAAUCCUCAUAUCCAGUUGAUAAGUAUCGGAAAUCGAUUCCAAAAAAAGAAAAACAAAUUCCCAAAACACACAGAAAGUUCAAAGUACAAAUUUCCAAAGAUUAAAGUGUUUUUAAACGUAGCGGAGAAAAAGUUCUUAAAAUAUAAAAAUACCUCCGCGCGAGGAUAAGAUUUUGGAAUGAAUGGAACGAAAAACAUCGACGGCGUGUUUUAUUGUGUUGUAUUUGUGAAUAAAUCGAUGAAACCUGUUGAGUUUGCGGACGUAGAGCGUAUAAAUGGAUCGUAUUUUAAGAGGAGUAAUGCGAUAUCGGAAUGUAGGGAAAGAAAUGAUGUUGAAACAGUUUCAGGAAGUUCGAGAUAAUCCAACGCCUAAAGCUGUAUUUUUUACUUGUAUGGACAGUAGGAUGAUUCCUACAAGAUUUACACAGACAAACGUUGGAGAUAUGUUUGUAGUAAGAAAUGCGGGCAAUUUAAUACCACAUUCUCAACAUUUUAUGGACGAAUUAACUACAAAUGAACCCGCAGCUUUAGAAUUAGGAUGUAUAGUAAAUGAUAUAAGACACAUCAUCGUUUGUGGACACAGCGAUUGUAAAGCAAUGAAUUUAUUACACAAAUUGCAAGACGCAGAAUUUGCAUCUUUGAGAAAUAGGAGGAUAUCUCCAUUACGUGCUUGGUUAUGCACACACGCUUUAAGCAGCUUAGAAAAAUUUCAGCAACUUCAAUUGACGGAUUUCGCAAAACCAUUGCUCUUUCAAGCGGAAACACCAAUGCGAAAAUUUGUUGCUUACAUCGACCAUGACAAUAAAUUCGCCAUUGAAGAUAAAUUAUCGCAAGUUAACACGUUGCAACAAUUGCAAAAUAUUGCCAGUUACGGUUUUUUAAAGAAACGAUUAGAAACGAACGAAUUGCACAUUCACGCUUUGUGGUUUGAUAUUUAUACGGGGGAAAUUUAUUAUUUUAGUAGGGCGGCGAAAACGUUCGUUUGUAUAAACGAAGAAAGUAUAGAUAAAAUUUUAGAGGAAGUUGAAGAAUAUUAUACGUGAUAUUUGUAUUUUUUUUAUAGUUCCUUGAUAUAUUUCUUUGUUUUAAAAUAGAACCUGAAAGAAAAAAAAAACGAUCUAAUUAAUUCUUUAUUGAUUCUGUAGUUUUCAACAGAAUGCCCACUAAUCGGAUCAUCAACAAUAUACAUGGUGUACACAAUCAUAAAUAUUAUUUAUGUAGCGCGGUAAAAACACAUUGGCGCUUCAGUCUAACAUAUUUAAUAUUAGGCACAGUGUUAAAAAUAUCUAUUUGAUAAUCAAUAAUGUUUAUAAUCUUAUUCAAUAAAUUAAAACUUUUAAAUGCUACGAUUAUAUUAAUUCCAACUUUGAGAUAAAAUUUUCCGUUACAUUUUAAGUUUUUAUUUAUCGAACAUGGUAUUGUAACAAAAUUACAUAAAACAUAUUGUAUAGUAAUAAAAUAACAAUUUAAAUUAACGUUUAUUUCUUUAUCGAAUUAAUUCUUUGAAAAUUUAUUUAGAUAUAUUCAUUAUUGAUUACCAACGUAAUUAAACUAUAAAAUUUUCAAAAUGUUUUCAACAAAUAUUCUAGAUACAGAAUAGAAAUAUUCCUGCAAAGAGCUCGCUCGUUAUCAUUUUAUUACCUAGUUCUGUCGAAAAAUUACAAAAUUGAAAAAAUCUCUUAUUCUGUAAAACUUUUUUCUUU